AUGAGCAACCGGCCCCCCUCAACCCGCUCCACGGCGAGUGCCGCUCCCUCGCUGCGUCCACUGCAAGAAGAAGAGAUCGACGAGGAACCGGUGGCCGGGCCGUCUCGCCAGACUCCGACUCACUCGCCGACGGCUUCGUACCAUCCUCCCACCAGCCUUGAACCUUCCCCCAUCCCCAACACUGGUGUCGCUGCUAGCGCGGACGCGUCGCUCGCCGCGCUUCUACCCACGCGCGACGGGGCCACCACGCCGCAACGCCGCCACCUCAACCCCAAGAAUUCGAGCAGUUGGCUGCGCUGGACUAGCCCCACUCCAACAUUCCCAAAGAAGGAGAAGGGCAAGCAGCGCGACGACACUCACCACAUCUCUCCACUACCCUCUCCCCUCCUUGCACCCACCGUGCCGCCAUCCGCUCUUAUCGAGACGCCAUCCGCCGUUGAUCCUGCCAUAAUACCGACGGUGCCUGCGCCUGCGCCAGACAUUGAACGGGCGCGAUCCGGAGCUCCCACGCGUCCGACACGGGAAGCAUUCAAGCCAGCGCCGCCGCUCCCAGACGAAGAACGAACAGUGUCCGCGUUGCUCCCGGGAGUUUCUGAUAUCUCUGUACCCACACCCUCCGCAUUAUCAUCCACAGCUCCAUCGGACGCUCCAGAGCCUACUACCCCCAUGCUCAAGCCGGCACAACCAGCAUUGGACGUACCGACACCAAGUCGUGGGUGGCGAACCUACUUUUGGGGAGGAGGGCCAGGAGGCGACACUGGUGGCUCCAGCACACCCACGCCCGCCCCUGACGUCAAGGCUCACAAGUCAUCAGCACCCCCAUCUCCAGUGGUUCCCGCGAGCGACAUCACCAGUACGCAGAACAUGGCCACGGACGCGCCCCAUCAACCCCCAAUCCAGAACGGCGCGGCCGACCACGCCGACCCACCUGCGCUGGCCAAGAUUGAGUCUCGCGGCAGUGCACUGCCCAACGGCACGAACGGCUCGGCCAAGACAGCCAUGACUGUCAUCACCAACGGCAGCGCAAACGUCAGCGUGAAGCGGCGCAAGGUGGAAGUCCCGAGUCCUAUCGUCACGGAACGAGCGGCUGCCACGCCCACGACACCCACGGCACGCUCACCUACCGCGGCGACUUCUGUGGCGACUGCGACUGCGCCCGCGCCCCCGUCGCCCACCCAGUCCACCACGUCAAGCCGAGAUCCGACGUCGGACAAGCAGCUCGUCGUCGUCGCCGCCCAUCUAACCCAUCCUCCAGGUUGGGGCUCGUACUUUGCUUCAUUCGUCUACUCUACCUCCCAAACUCGUCCACCAGAGCAACAAAUGGACUCCCCAGCACCCGAUGCGCCAGACAUGACGCCGAAGGCGGAUCCAGCUCCUCUGCCUGCGCCAGCAGCAGACGAUGCUCCUCCGACUCCGUCACCGGCCCCUGUUACUGCCAGGUCGAUGGGGCCGCCGCCGCUCCCCGCCCAAGGCAUGCAGCAGCCUGCUCCGCCUGCACAGCCCGCUCCGUCCGCACAACUUGCUCCUCCCACUCCUACCCCUACCCCUCAGCCGCCGCCCCUCGGCCCUGCUGACACCGAGUCGACACCGUCCAACUCGCAUCCCAAACUGGCGUCCUCCACCUCGUCAACUGCGGGAUGGCUCAGCUACCUGGCAUUCAGGGCGAGCCAGAAGAAGAUUACCGACUCUGCGGCGUCCGAGUACAGCGACCUGCGCAAGAGCGGCGAGACUGGGCGUGAAGAGGUAAUGGAUUUUUCAGCCGAUCCCGAGUUCCCGACCGAGACGCCGUCGACAGCCGUUGCAGUGGUGGCUAAACCCGACCCGAAGGCAGUUUCUGCUCCCAAGGGGAAGGCGCCCAGCGUGUCCACGGAGCCGAUAAAGGGCACCAAGGAUGCGGUCAAGGAUGCGGCCAAGGGAGCACCUCCACCAUCUGCUGCGCAAGCAGCCACUUCGCACCAGCUGGCCCAGAAGAAGUCUCAGACCCAGCUGUCGACGAAGCGCUCGCAAAACCUCGCCCUCGAUGUGCGACGUGGCUCGAUCGCGUCGUCUGUUCGCUCUGCCUCGAGUGCGCCGCCUGCUCCGCUGUCGCCACGUAGUCAGGCAGCCCUCAGUGCCGCCAAAGCCAAUUCAGCCCUUCCCAACCCACCACAGGCACCCUCCAAGCAGCCCAACUUUCUCGUCCCCACGUUCGCCACCACCUUUGAUCGCCCGCCGCGUUCGCUCCUUCCACGAUCCGCAGAGAGCGUCACUGCCACGGCCCUUCGCGCGUUCAGCUAUGUCUAUGGUGGUCUCGACAAGGACACUGAGACGCGUGGCAAGAAGGAAGGAAGGGACGUUGGCGCCGAUCUCCCACGCAGGAUUGGCCUGCACGGAGGUAACGCAGACGACGGAUGGAAGAAUGUCAAGCGCGUUGUUGUUGUUGGCGUGCACGGAUGGUUCCCAGCCAAGAUGCUCAAUUCGGUCAUCGGUGAGCCGACCGGCACGUCGCAAAAGUUUGCCAACAUGAUGGGCGAGGCCGUCAAGCAGUUCUUCCGCGACAAGGACAUUGACGAGCACGAGAUUCGCCUCACUCUCAUCCCGCUCGAAGGCGAAGGUGUGAUUGACGACCGCGUCGACAAGCUGUACAAGGCAUACCUGUCCAACCCGGCGUGGAUCAACGACCUCCGUCGUGCCGACGCCAUCCUGUUUGCCGCCCACUCGCAAGGCUGCGUCGUCACGACCCACCUCAUCUCGCGCAUGAUUGCCCAGGGUCACAUUCGCACAGCCCACAACCGUGAAGCUGUCGCGCGGUGCGAAUGGGCGUUUGGUCCUAUUGCCAUUGUGCCCUCGGAGGACUCAAAGAAGGGUCGUCGUCUCGCUGCGGCUCUCGGAGGUGCGGAGGGAGGCCGGCAAAAGGUCGCCAUGCUCGCCAUGUGUGGUGUGCACCUUGGUCCGCUGUACUCGAUCAGCACGAGCAGUGUCAUUGGACCAUACCUUCAAUGGUUUGAGAACGCGGCUGCACGUGAGCUCUUCGAGUUCCAGGACACCAACUCUGCUGUUGCGCAGGCAUACCACCGCUCGUUGUCCAUGAUCCUCGAGAACGAGGUCCGCGUGCUCCUCGUCGCCAGCCUCAAUGACCAGGUCGUCCCCAUCUAUGGCGCUUCGUUUGCCAACGCAGAGCACCCACUUCUACUGCGUGCACUUUUCGUCGACGGCGCCUCAUACUCGGCAUCAGACUUUAUGACCAACCUCCUCUGCUUUGCGUUCAUGCUCCGUAACGCCGGGAUCGACGACCAACGCCUCAUCGAGCACCUGUCCGAAGCCACGGCUGGAUCGCUCACGGGCGUCGGCCACUCGUCGCCGUACGAAGAGCGGGACUGCUACUCGCUCUGUGUCAACUACCUCUUCCACGCCGGCCCCGCCGCCCAGCCCCUCCCACCCCUCCAGAUCGAGCCGUUCCAAGCCCGUGACGCGCGCAACGACUUUGAGCUGCCGUGGAUCAUGCGCGCGCUCGUCGACGCGCCCGAAGUCAAGGACCUGUUUCCCGCCGAGCUCAAGGACCUGCGCGAAAGCAUCUUGGCGUGGAAGCCGCAGACCAAGGCACUGCGGGAGAUUAAGAAACGCCUCGAACCCAUGGCAGGGCGGCAACCGCGCGUGCGCCACCUGGCGGCCAGCCCGAGCUCGACGUCGCUCAACGCGAUGGGUGGUGGUGGUGCGGCUGGGACAGUCGAGCCGGCCAGUCCCCUGCCAAAGGGCAAAGUGCCGAGCAAGCUGUAA